UGCAAUGGUUCGGAAACAUGCAAGCAUUUAUCUAGCAGAUGUUUCAAUGUUAUAAAACGUUCAUUAUUGUUUCAGGUUCAACAAUAUCAUCUGUACUACAGUCCAUUUUAUCCAGUGAGUUUAUCCUCUUUCAAAUUGAUUAUUUUCAUCAGCAUCAAGUGCAAUCAUGCCAAGGAAGAGUGUUAAACUUUCGACGACUGCAGAGUCACACAGCAAACCAGACGAUGAAGAGGUUUUAGACUUGCCACACAAGAUGGCUGAGAGUAAUGAUGAACCAAAGGCAAGCAGCAGCCAAGCGCCUCCUCAGCCAUCAACACCGUCAAAACUUCAGACUAGCUCAAAGACUCCACAGAAUACCCUUGUAGAGGGAUAUGUCCAGGAAGUCACAGAUAUUGCAACUUCUCAAAAAGGAAACAAGUAUUUACGUGCCCAACUACAGACAGGCCCCCAUGAAUACAAGGAACUGGUGUGCUUCUCACCAUCCCCAAAGAAACAACAGGAAUUACUAAACAUGCAAAACAAUAAGAAGGCUGUCAAAAUUUUAAAUUUUUCACAUGAUAAACAAAACCCAACUAAAAUUCUAUGCAAUGACACCUUGACAUUUGAAAACGCCUCCCCAACAUUUCCCUUCACACCCAAAAUCAACACACCUCCCCCAGUUUCAACAAUUGCGCAAAUUAAAUCCAUUGAAAAUAAAUCCUUAGUAACUGUAGACGUCCGCAUCAUGGAAAAAUUAGAAACUAAAACAAUCACCACUCAUUACAACAAAGAACUCCAAAAAACAACAUUUACAGCUGCAGACACAACUGGAUCCAUCACUCUAUCUACAUGGGAUGAAAACACAAACAAACUGACUCUAGAUAAAUCUUUUCGCAUAAUGGGGGGGACAAUAGAACCAAAUUACGGGGGCCAAAUUAACACAGACAAGCAAACAACAUUUCAAGAAAUCCAACAAAUCAACAAUGUAUUACACACACCUACAAAGACAACUGUUGAAGGUGAAAUUGUUGGGGCUGAAUUAACCCCUUACAAUGCAUGCCCCUUGUGCAAACAGCAAAUAACGGACAAUACCCUGCUCAUCCCCAAAUUCUGCCGAUGCCCGUCUUGCAGCCUCAAAUUUAAAUCCGAAAAUAUUUACAAUCGUCUAAGUGCGAAACUUCAAAUCAAGCUAGACGGUCAAAAAAAUUUGAAAUGUACAGCCUCACAAGAUUCGCUAAAAAACAUUCUAGAUACUAUCAUCUCUGCUGACCUCGAGAUCAUUGAGGAAUUCCUCCUUGAUCUGGGCAGAGCAGCAUUUUCACUAAAUUCAACCAACCAACUGCUCCAAAUUCAAACAAUUUAA